AUUUCUACUGACCAAUCGCUACUUGGCUCUUCCAGCCUUGCAGCAAACCGCAGGGCAAAUCGGGAACGUCGAUAGGCGGACUAAUAGUGGGCCUGGCAUUAAAGCUUGGUUGUGCUGACUUCACAACGACCGAAGACUGGGAACUGAUUUGGACAAGGCUGCAUCUGGACAUCUGGAGACACACCACACCUUUCUGAGAACUUUACAGAGGCUGCGGUGUCAAAGUUUGGCUACUUUAAUCAAGAGUCUGCACUACGUGGAAUAAUUCUGCAAACAGUCCUCUCUCCCCGGAUGGUAUGGCUUUUGAAGAAACUUGAUUUUUUUUUCUGAAAACCGCAAAACUGGAUAUUUUUAAACUGGUACAGGGCAUCUGAACUUUCCAAAGGGAGCUUUUAUCGGACAUGGAUCAACAAGCAAGUGGUGGAGAGGACCCCAGUAAGUCCUCCAGAAAGAAAUCAAAUGAGGAUGAGAGUAAAAACAAAAAGCUGAACAUACACAUUAAAACAUUGGCUGAUGACAUGCGUGACCGGAUAACAAGUUUCCGAAAACCAGGCAUGAAGAAGGAGAAGCCUGUUAUCCAGCACCCCACAGAUCCUGUCUCCACCCAGACGGAACUGCCCAUACCACAGCCGCUUUUUGAUGAACGUUCCAUGAAUCUCUCUGAAAAGGAGAUUGUGGACCUGUUUGAGAAGAUGAUGGAGGAUAUGAACCUGAAUGAGGACCGCAAGGCCCCCCUGCGAGGAAAGGACCUGAGCACUAAACGAGAGAUGGUGGUCCAGUACAUCUCUGCCACAGCCAAAUCUAUAACAGGGAGCAAAGUUGCGGGUGGGUUGAGGAACAGCAAGCAUGAGUGUACGCUGUCAUCGCAGGAAUAUGUCCAUGAGCUGCGCUCCGGCAUUAGCGAAGAGAAGCUGCUUAACUGCCUGGAGUCUCUGCGUGUUUCUCUGACCAGCAAUCCUGUCAGCUGGGUGAAUAACUUUGGUCAUGAGGGUCUCGGACUGCUUUUGGAUGCAUUGGAGAGGCUUCUUGACAAGAAACAACAAGAAAGCAUUGACAAGAAGAAUCAGCACAAACUCAUCCAGUGCCUCAAAGCCUUCAUGAACAAUAAGUAUGGCCUGCAAAGAAUUCUUGGGGAUGAGCGAAGCCUGCUUCUUCUGGCGAGGGCUAUUGAUCCCAAGCAACCAAGUAUGAUGACUGAGAUUGUGAAGAUUCUGUCAGCCGUCUGCAUUAUUGGAGAGGAGAACAUUCUGGAUAAAAUCCUGGCAGCCAUGACCAUUGCAGCUGAGAGGAAUAAUAAAGAGAGAUUUGCUCCGAUAGUCGAGGGCCUGGAGAACCAUGACGCCCAGCAACUUCAGACGGCCUGCAUGCAGCUGAUCAACGCCCUGGUCACCUCCCCAGAUGAUCUGGACUUCAGGAUACAUUUACGGAACGAGUUUCUGCGCUGCGGCCUGAAGAAGAUCCUGCCGGAGCUGAAAGAGACAGAGGAGUUAGACAUUCAGCUGAAGGUGUUCAAUGAGAAUAAGGAAGAGGAUUCUAUUGAGCUGUCCCACAGGCUGGAUGACAUCCGUGCUGAGAUGGACGAUAUGGGUGAGGUGUACCAUCUUCUGUCCAACAUGGUUAAAGAUACAACCUCUGAGCCCUACUUCUUGUCCAUGCUCCAGCACCUGCUGCUUAUCAGGAAUGACUACUACAUCAGGCCUCAAUACUACAAGGUGAUUGAAGAGUGUGUGUCUCAGAUUGUCCUUCACCGGAAUGGAAUGGACCCUGACUUUGGCUACAGGGAGAGGCUGGAUGUAGACUUCACUCACCUCAUUGAUCAGUGUGUGGAUAAAGCCAAGGUGGAAGAGAGUGAACAGAGAGCAGCAGAAUUCUCCAAAAAGUUCGACGAAGAGUUCAGCGCACGACAGGAGGCACAGGCCGAGCUGCAGAAACAGGAGGAGAAAAUCAAAGAGCUGGAGGUGCAGAUCAGCUCCCUGCAGAGCCAGUUAACUAAAGAGCGAGACAAGCUCACAGAGGCAGAGAAACGCAUCAACGAGAAUGUCAGCAAGAUUGCAGUAGGUCCUGGAGCUCCUGGUGCUGCUUCAAGUACUCUCUUGCCACCUGGGGGAGUCGCCCCUCCACCACCACCCCCUCCCCCUCCCCCACCUCCUCCUGGAGGAGGUCCACUUCCUCCACCCCCUCCGCCUCCUCCCCUUGUGGCAGGCAUGGGACCUCCGCCGCCACCACCGCCUCCUGGCUGUGGUCCUCCACCUCCACCACCUCCCCCUGGCAGUGGUCUUCCACCACCUCCUCCUUUCUUUGGGGCUCCAGGUAUCCCCCUAGCCCCACCUGUUGACAAGCUGCCUUAUGGGCUGGAGCCCAAGAAAAUCUACAAGCCUGAUACAGUCAUGAAGAGGAUCAACUGGUCCAAGAUAGUGCCUCAGGAGAUGGCAGAGAAUUGCUUUUGGAUCAAAGUCAAAGAGGAGAAGUUUGAAAACCCAGACCUAUUUGCCCAGCUCUCACUUGCAUUCUCGUCCAAGUCCAGAGUGAAAAAGGAUGUGGAGGAAACAGAUGACAGAAUGACACAAUUUAAGAAAAAAGCAAAAGAGCUGCGAAUCCUGGAUGCUAAGACGGCCCAGAAUCUAUCAAUUUUCCUUGGAUCUUUCCGGCUGCGUUAUGAAGAGAUUCGAGACAUCGUGCUGGAGGUGGAUGAGGAGAGACUGAGCGAAGCGUUAAUCCAGAACCUGAUCAAGAACCUGCCAGAGCAGAAGGAGCUGAGUGCUCUGGCUGAGCUAAAGAACGAGUACGAAGAGCUGUGUGAGUCCGAGCAGUUUGGCAUUGUGAUGAGCUCAGUGAAGCUGCUGCGCCCUCGCCUCAAUGGAAUCCUGUUCAAGCUGACAUUCGAGGAGCAGGUGAAUAACAUUCGGCCAGACAUCAUGAACGUUACUUUCGCUUGUGAGGAGGUGAAGAAGAGCGAGGGUUUCUGUAGGCUCCUCGAGUUGGUGCUGCUGGUGGGGAAUUACAUGAACGCUGGCUCCAGAAAUGCCCAAACAUUUGGCUUCAACGUCAGCUUCCUCUGCAAGCUACGGGACACAAAAUCAGUUGACCAGUGUACUCUUCUACAUUUUUUGGCUGAGAAGUGUGAGGAAAAGUAUCCGGAAAUCCUCAAGUUCCCUGAUGAGCUUGAACAUGUGGAGAAUGCCAGCAAGGUGUCUGCCCAGAUCCUCAAGGCCAGUUUGGACACAAUGGAGCGCCACAUCCAGAGGCUGGAGAACGACAUCCAGAACUUCCCUAAGACAGACAACAAGCAGGAUAAGUUUGUGGAAAAAAUGUCCAGCUUCUCCAAGUAUUCGAGAGAGCAGUAUGAGAAGCUCUCCACCAUGCAUAAGAACAUGCAGAAGCUGUAUGAAAGUUUGGGAAGCUACUUUGCAUUUGACCCGCACACUGUCAGCAUCGAGGACUUUUUUGGAGACCUGGCCAACUUCCGCAUGCUUUUCAUGGAUGCUGUGAAGGAGAACCACAAGAAGAGGGAGAUGGAGGAGAAGAUCAAGAGGGCCAAGCUGGCAAAGGAGAAAGCCGAGCGGGAGAAGCAAGAGCGCCAGCAGAAGAAGAAGCAGCUGAUUGACAUGAACAAAGAAGGAGAUGAGACAGGUGUGAUGGACAGCCUGAUGGAGGCUCUGCAGUCUGGCGCAGCUUUCCGUGACCGCAGGAAACGAACCCCACGCACUGGUGAUCAAAGCCCUUCCAGUCCAGCCCCUCGGUGGCCGGGUGCUAAUCAUGCAGACAACCGUCGUACUGGUUUGGAAAGGUCACGCUCACGACACAACGCAAACCCUAUGGUACGAUGAUUGCUGGCCGGCUGCGGACGUUAGCCAAGUGCCAAAGACCCAGGAGUGGGGACACUGAGGAGGCCUGAACAGGGACGGUGCCGAGCUGUGUGUGUGUGCCAUCCGGCAUGGCCUGAUCCCCACUGCAUCCCACCCCCCACCCCCCUUACACACACACGCAGAAAUAUAUACAAAACACAAAAAGAACACAACUCAGAGAUGAAGAUACAACUUCAGACACUGCUUCAUGGAAUAGCUACUAUUACACUGCCUUACAUACAAAAUAUAUAUGUAUUCCCUUUCACUCGCUCUCUUUAUAAAGGGCCUAUUUAACAUUUGAGUUUGAGAUUGCUUUCCUUUUUUUUUUUUUUCCAUUGUCUUGAUUGUGCGGGUUUUGUUUUCAUCUUUCUGCUUCUCACAGUGCUAAAAGCUCUCCUGUUCUGGCUUCCUCCACACUAGGUCCACACCUCCACACUGUCUGUGAAUGUUCAAAAAUGUUUGAUUGGCUGGAGUUUGAGCUUGUGCUAUUGGAUUUUUGACAAAUGCAGGCCGUCUUGCUGUCUUGUUGACAAAAGGCCAGAUAUACCAGAAAGGGCUGCCUGGCUAUGUAUGCAUAUCAGCCAAGGGACUUUAUUUGCUGCCAUUAAUUGAACUAAACCUUAGUUUGAUUGAGUUGCACUUGGCUUUUUAUUUCCACAUGCCUGACAACAAUUUUGACUUUCACUGCAUAAUCUUUUGCAGCCUAGAACUACCUGUCCAAACCCCCCCACCUGUGCUCUUGUGACAUAUAAUAUGUGUAGCAGCAAGGAAAGUGUGGUUUUAUAUUAGCUUUGUUGCCCUUUGUGUGUGCUUUGUGGGAAGACAUUAGUCAUGUGGAUUUCAGCUGCCCCAUGGUACCUAAAGUGGUUUAGGAAGAUGAAAGUACUUAAUCUAAUCGAAACACUUCAAGCAUAUCUUUCACGUGCGCAUCAGUGCUGUUAGCACACAAGAAUCAAACACACAUGUCCAUAUAUCCAGAGAGAAGCAAGCAUUGUAGUUGCAGUUGCAAGCAUUGCAGUUUGUUAUCCUCUAAAACCUAUUACAACUUUCCUUGUGAUUUCUUUUGCCUUUCUUUUUGUUUAUUCUGUUGUGCAACUGAGUCUAUUCUCAAGAAAAACUACAAUAAGUGCAUAUCUCUAUGAUCCACUUUUAAAAUCCUUGUCAGAUCUUCUACUGACCCUGCCCAAGCUCAGUGUUUUUACCUUAGCCUUUUCUGGUCCUUAUACUAUUUUGAAAGUCUUAUGUCUGGAUUGACAUAAUGAAAAAAAAGAGUGUCCAUCAAGUUUAGUUCAUCGCAGAUCUUUCACCAUCUAAAAGCACAUUUUUUCUUUCAUGUUUCCUCAAAGUAUUUAUCCAUUGUUUAACAGAUAAGGAUAGGAAGGUAGCCAUCCCUUUGUAAGAGUCCAUUGAAAUAGCUGGCUGCAAGGUGGAAAUGGAAAGAGUGGUGAAAUAACUGACAAUGCUACAUGUGCUCACAUGAUGUCAUGGCUUUCCCCAUUAUUAGUAACCAGCUUCUGCCUUCCUGCUUUUUUUUAUCUCUCAUCUUGAUAUUCUUUUUUGUCCAUUGUCCAUACCAACGUAUGGAAAACAACUCUUCAUGAAAUCACAAGCCUAAGAAUGAAUCUGCUUUCUUGUGGAUGUCCAAUCUUCUUUCUUAAUAUAAAAAUGAUAUGAAGACAAAGAUUUCUCUCUCUUGCUAUGACUACCCUCAGGCUCCCAAAUGCACAGUCUUUGGCAAACCUGCAUACAUUUUUCUUGACACCUGAGCUCCUAAAGAUCAGCAAGGCACUGAAAGCUUGUGUUGAACAGCAGCAGCAACA